AUGGUUGACUCUAUCCAAAUAAAUGAGCUGAACAUGACGGAAACAGACGCCGUCUCCGGGAGUGACGUGAUGGAUCCAGAAGAAAAGUACAAAAUGAACCACAAGACGCGAGGACUCGCUUUGAUCUUCAACCACCAGUACUUUGACAGUCUCCUGGACCUGCGUGACCGCCGGGGCACCUACGUAGACCGGGAUAAUCUCUGUCGCAGGUUUCGGGAACUAGGUUUCGAGGUGAAAUGCUAUGACGACCUCAAAGCGGAAGACGUACAGUCCAAGAUGUAUGAAGCGUCAACCGCCAGCCACGUCGACGCCGACUGCUUUCUCUGUGUUUUCCUGACCCACGGCAAAGGCAACCACAUUUACGCCCAAGACGAUAAGGUGGAAAUUUCCAUGCUGAUGGACUUCUUCAAAGGCGACAAGUGUAGGAGCCUGGUGGGCAAGCCCAAGAUCUUCAUCAUUCAGGCGUGUCGCGGUGACAAGCACGACGAGCCCGUUCAGCCCGUGGACGAGGUGGACUCGACCCGCCUGCCCAACGGCAACGAGACCGAGGUGGACGCGGCGUCCGUGAACACGCUGCCUGCCGGGGCCGACUUCCUCAUGUGCUACUCGGUGGCUGAAGGGUAUUUCUCUCACCGGAAUACUGAGUACGGCUCAUGGUACAUCCAGGAUCUGUGUGAGGUGCUGGCGAGGUACGGCACGACCCUGGAGAUCACGGAGCUGCUCACGCUGGUCAACAGGAAGGUGUCCCGGCGCCGAGUGGACAUCUGCAACAAGCCGGGCGACUUGGGCAAGAAGCAGAUCCCCUGCUUCGCCUCCAUGCUCACCAAGAAGCUGUGCUUUCUGCCCAAGCCCCAGUGAGCCGCGGCUUCGUUGCGGAAUGACUCCGCACUCAUCUCUCUCGUACCAGGAGGGCCAAACGCAUGGU